AUGGGUUGCGGGGGAUCAAAAUCAACAAAAACCAACGAUGAGAAACAAAACGAAGAGGAGGAGGAUUAUUUGAGAGAACCAGAAACAAUCUCGGAUGAUUUAGAGGACAUUAUAGCUGGAUACCCUCCACCAAAGCCGAGUCUCAAGAAGAAGAAACAUAUUUUUACAGAACAAGAUAAAAAUUCUGCGGAUGCUAGGGCCGAACAAAUUAAAGUUGAAGAUUAUCAGACCAUGGAUGAUUUAGCACAUGCUCUGACUGAUGGACUAACAAAUGACGUGCAAAAGGUACGUGCAAUCUUCACAUGGAUUGGUUUACAGGGAUCAAGCGAAAUUAAAUCUAAAAAAGACAACGGAAUACAAGAUGUCACUUCGCCCCUCAUCAUUGUACGACAAGUUGCACAAAGAAAGCUUUCGUACAAUUUCUUAUUCAUAAGCCUCUGCAGGGCAGCUAAAAUUCCAUGUGUACGUAUACGUGGACUGGGGAAGAGUGUGUCCUACGAGGUAGGUGACAAAGAUGUUGACAAUCUGAACAACUCAUGGACAGCAGUAUUUGUCGCUGGAGAGUGGCACUUUGUCUUUCCGCUUUGGGCUUUUUCAGCAGUUGUUGGACACUCGGAGGGAAAUUGGACUCUAGUGGAAACCCAAGGUAAAGGUGCCAGGAAGAAAGAAGAAAAAUCAUCAGGUCUAACAAUCAGCCAUAUUAAUGACUAUUACUUCCUCACGGGGGCAGAAGAUUUUAUUUACGUUUGUUAUCCUCAUGACAAAAAAUGGCAGCUUCUUGCACAACCAUUCACCAAACAGGACUUCAUAGAUAUCGCAUAUUGUAGACCAGACUAUUUUAAGAAUCACUACAAAAUUACGACGCCGACAAAAUGUAUCUAUUCAUCUGUUCGCGGAGUAUGCGAAAUUGGGAUAAAGAAGUUAGACAAGGGAGAAAGUUCUUACGCAUACAAGCUGUAUUUCAACCAUGCAAUAUCAAACACAACUCUUCCUUCUGAAAUACAGCUAGAGAGAUACGUAGCUAUAUUCAAUGAAGAGCACUCUAUGCGAUUUCGUGUUCGGUUUCCCAGUGCGGGCAUAUAUAAAAUGGAGAUCUAUGGAGGCCGCCCGCUUCUUUGUGUAUUCAAACUUGAAUGUAACGAGGAUGUAAACUAUGUAAAACCAUUUCCAUGUAAUCCAAAGUCUGGGUUUGGUCCAAACUCCCUAACUGAGGAGGCCGGGCUCAAAGCACAAUCUCACAAAACUGGCUUCAUCAAUAUCAAACAGACGAAGAAUUUCAAUAUGAUAUUUAACAUUACUAAGAAUGUAUUAGUCCAAACAGUCUUAAUACACGAUAAUAUGGAACAGGAAACGCUGACUAAACACGUCAACCAUAAGAGGAAAGGUCAGAAGCUGGAUAUCAAUGUUAAUCUACCCCAAAAAGGAGAAUAUGCUCUUCAGAUUAACACAAAAGACAAAGAUUCCGGUGGUUCAUUUGUAAAUGCCUGCAACUACCUUCUGACCUCAGAAAACAUAAACAAAAAGCGGAAGCCUUACGAGAAUGCUGUAGAAAAAAGAGCCAGGAAAGCAUUACAACAGAAUGCUCAUUCCAAUGAUAUAGAGACUCUGCAAAAGGCUCUUGAUGAUUUUGAUAAGGUUGAUCUGGAAGAUAAAGGUGAUCGCCAUAAAGUAGAAGAAAGACUGACGUACCUAAACCUGCGUAAAGAAUUAAAAGAUGCCAUUGCAAGAAGACAUGGUGAGAAACUAAAAGAAGCAAUAGAAAAUGCGAAAUCAUCCGAAUACGAAGCCAAUCUUAAGAGUCUGAUUGAGGAAGCGGAGGAUUUGUUAGGGCAGUUGCAACGGCUGAAAGGAUUUGCUCACGACAUUCUAAAAAUGCAGCAGACAACCAUUUCAGAGAUCCACAACUACAAACGCCCAAAACCAAUGGCUUAUGACGUCAUGAAGGCUACAUACGUCCUUCUAGGGGAAGAGGAAAGGCGUGUUCAGGAAUGGGAGCAGAUACAAACAUUGAUGCGUAGGACAGGAAAAGAAGGGCUGCUAAGGCGCAUACGUCAGUUCGACAUUGUCCACGUGACUGAAAAUAUGAUAAAUCACUCCUCUCAAAUACUACGACCAUACGACGAAGAGAGAAUACGAGUUUCCAGUGCGGGUCUCGCUACAUUUUACAAAUGGGCGAUGAAUAUAAUUGAAGAAAUGACAAAAUAA